UCAUGUACACAUGCACUCAUAGACACAUAUAUAUAGACACACACUGAUGCACCAACACAGCUAAACACUACCCAAUUUAUAAUAAAACCCAAAACUCCUAGCUAAAAUUUCAAGUGAUUAUUCAUCAUUACCAAAAUGGCUCGAGCAGUUCACAACAGGUCCAAGUCAUCUCCUAAGCUGGGCCUGGCCCGGUCUCUAUCUCGAGUUCGAGUCCGAUCACCAUCUCUUCGACACAAAUCUGCCUCGGAUUCCAUCGAAAGAGAUCAGAGGAUCGAGUUUUUGAGCGAGAGCAGCGACGAUGACGGCAGAUUUGGAGGGGUUUAUAAUGAGGCUGAAGGAGGUUGCAAUAAGGUGAUGGUUGUGGUUGAUUCAAGCGUUGAAGCUAAGGGAGCUCUUGAAUGGGCUUUGUCCCACACUCUUCAAACACAGGACACCAUUAUUCUUCUGCAUGUGGCCAAGAUUUCCAAAAAGGGGAAUAAAGAGAGAAAUGGGAAGCAAAACUUGAGGGCUACUCAACUUCUUCAUGGCAUGAAAAAUAUGUGCCAAAUGAAAAAACCAGGGGUGAGAGUGGAAGUAGCAAUGGUGGAAGGGAAAGAGAAGGGACCCACAAUAGUUGAGCAAGCAAAGGAAAAGGAGGUGACGUUGAUGGUGCUUGGUCAAAGGAAAAAGUCAAUGAUGUGGAGGUUGAUGAAGAGGCUGUCAAUUGGGAGGAGGAGAUCAUCAGGUGGUGGAGCUGUGGAGUACUGCAUUCAGAAUUCACCUUGUAUGGCCGUUGCUGUCAGGAGGAAGAACAGUAAGCUUGGUGGCUACUUGAUCACCACUAAGCGUCACAAAAACUUUUGGCUUCUUGCUUGAACAUUAAUUCUGAUUAUACAUAUUGCAUAUAUAUAUAUAUAGGA